GAAGGGGCGGGCGCGCUGGAGCGGCGGCGGAAAAGGCGCUGCUGCCCUUCCCUGCUGCAGCCCUGGAGAAGCCUGCGGUGCCCAGCGGCUCCGCCAUGGAGGAGAGCAGCGGUAUCCGCCUGUCGGCCGAGUGCUUGGACGAGCCGCCCAACAGCCGCGUCUUCGUGGUGCUGGGCAAGGACACGGGCGAGGCGCUGAUCCGGGAGCGCUUCUCGCCCUUCGGGGACAUCCAGAACAUCUGGCUCCUACGGGACAGGCGCACCAACGAGUCCCGCGGCAUCGCCUUCAUCAAGUUCGCCCGCAGCUCGCAGGCCUGCCGGGCCAUGGAGGAGAUGCACGGCCGCAGCCUGCUCCCCGACAGCAAGCCCAUCAAGGUGUUUAUUGCACAGUCAAGAGCUUCUGGAAGCCACCGAGAUCUUGAAGAUGAGGAGCUUACACGAAUCUUUGUUAUGAUACCAAAAACCUACACGGAGGAGGAUCUGCGGGAGAAGUUCAAGAUGUAUGGAGACAUUGAAUAUUGCAGCAUUAUUAAAAACAAGACUACUGGAGAAAGUAAAGGUUUGGGCUAUGUCAGGUACCUGAAACCAUCACAAGCUGCCCGAGCAAUUGAGGAGUGUGAUCGAAGCUACAGGGCCAUUUUGGCUGAACCCAAAAAUAAGUCAUCUGAGUCUUUUGAACAUGAUUAUUACAGUAAUGUAAUGAGACCAGAACUAAGAGGAAAUACACUUCCAUUUUGUAUGCAGCCAGAAUUUUGUAGCUUUGAAAAAGCUGAGACCCGAAUUCAGGAGCCAGUCUCGAAGCGCCUGUCGGUGGUGUCUCGGCUCCCCUUUAUUCAAGAGCAGCUGUUCGCCCUCUUCGAUUUAGUUCCAGGUCUGGAAUAUUGCGAUGUUCAGAGAGACCCUCAUACCAAUAGUGGGUACGCUGUGAUUCAGUACAGCACUGCUGCCUCAGCUAUAUAUGCCAAGUACAAACUACAUGGGUUUGAGUAUCCUCCUGGAAAUCGACUAACUGUCAUUUUCCUAGAAGAUGGGAAUGACAGCUCAGACCUUAUCAGGAAAAUGGCAACGCAGCUGGUGACAGCGCAGGUGUCGUCAGCGUUGCGCGGUAACAGCGCCAUGGUUCAGCAGUACAGGACGCCUCCUCAAGCAUUUGGAGGAGCUUCUGCCCCACAGUUGCUGCAGCCCCAAACAGAUGCCAUACUUCCACCACCCAAAAAAAAAGUUCCACCUGACACUUCUGUGAAGGAAAGGCUUUUCAUACUUUUUCAUCCCCAUCCUUUACCUGUAAAUGUACUGGAGGAUGUUUUCUGUCGUUUUGGACAAUUGAUAAGUGUUUAUCUUGUGGCUGGAAAAAAUGUGGCCUAUGCAAAAUUUGCAGACAGAGCAAGUGCCAGCGAGGCCAUCACUGCAUUGCAUGGCAAGAUUGUGAAUGGUGUGAGGCUGAAGGUGAGGUUGGCAGACUCACCCUCCGAGGAGCCCAACAAGCGCCAGAGAACUUACUGAGCAGAAACUAAGUAAUGACAUGACCCUCAGCUAGCUGACUGACUGACUGAAAACGUGACUAGACAUGGUUCCUGUGGACAGUGACAGCUUUUUUCAGUGACAACUUUUUAUUUGUUUAUUGUUACUUAGUUGAUCUCUCUAUGAUCUAUUUUCUUUCUGAAUAUGCAGACAUGCAGUUUUGAAAGUUCUGUAGGCAUUAAAAGCUGUAAACCGGUGGUUGUUCUUGUAAUAGUAUAUAACCUUGUAUUACAGAAAUAGCUCUUGUUUUUACCUGAAUCCUUCCUAUAACAUGGAAAUUACAAUGAUGAAGGAAAUAAAGGAGCCAGCAUUUUCUGA